AUAAUCUUUAAUUGGUUUUGUGCAAACAGUACCCAAGAUCUGUUGAGUUCCGUCUAUUUGUAUUCACCAUUUGGGGAAUCGGAUUUAAGGCUGAACCUUUUUUUUCCAACAUUAAUCAGUUCGAAGAAAGUGUUUCCUACAUAUUCAUUUAUUAUUUUCUAUGCUCGACUAGUUGUCAUAACGGAGAAUCUCCAUAGCUUCCACGUAUACAGAAACCAUACGUUGGAAUUAUUAUCGUAGCAAAUUCGUAUGUGCCAAUGUUAUGAAUGGUGUCACGGUGUCAACCAACCAAAACAAAAACAUCAAUUUUGGAUAUUGCUCAGUUCCAAUUUAUGUAAUAAACAAAGGCAGCAAGAGAUAUUUCGAUGUUCCGCAGAAUAAAAUGAAUGAACCUGUUUUGAUAUGUAAUUUUGCUGCACACCUUUCUCAUAUGCGCAUAAAAAAAGAUGCGACGAGAAUGGUGCAUCGUGAACAGUAAUAAGAGAAAAUUUACCGUCGUUGGAACAAUGUUCCAUUUGGCUUUGAAUGAAACGUACAUUAUUUGGUAGGAUUUAAUAAAAAUAAAUAUACUACAGGAUUUGAUCCGCGUGAGAACCGAUCUGUUAGCUACACCCCAGAAAUGUGUGCCUGCGUGUCGAUUAUUGGCAAGGACAACUCGCCCCUCUAUAUUGCGACGGCCAACGUCGACAGGGAGAUUGAGCUCCAGUACCAGGUGCAUGCCUCACUCGAUGUAAUUGAGGAGAAAUGUGCCGCCAGCCAAAAGCAAAGUGCCGAUGGGAGGGAACUUUAUUUGGGUUUACUGAAUUCUACGGAAAUUUACAAGAUCUAUGGUUAUGUGACCAAUAGCCGGGUAAAGUUUGUGAUUAUAAUUGAUUCGAGCAAUACGUCGUUCCGGGAGAACGAGGUCAGGAGUAUGUUUAGGAAUUUACAUGCUUUGUAUACUGAUGCCGUUUGCAAUCCAUUUUACAUUCCUGGCGAGCCGCUUACAUCGAAAUCUUUCGAUGAGAAUGUCAGAAACAUUUUUUGUACCCAGCAAUGAGAAUAAAAUUAAUCAUAGAAUCAUUCA